AUGCAAAUGGCUCUAGCCACUUUCGUGCUCUUUGCGCUGGCCUUCACGUAUCAAUUUGUAUCGAUGACCACUUUUCUACGCUCAAUCGAAGACGUUAACGUCGAAAAGAGCAGCACCAGGGUGCACAACCGCUUGCAUGGACACUCGGUAGUGUAUCUGCAAGGGUUUGACGAUGGCUACAAGUUUGUCAGGGAGUAUGAUGUCAACAGGCAGGGACCCCUGUACAUUUUUGUGAUGAGUGAUGUGGACAGAAGGGGCAAGUACUGGUGUCCAGACUGUGAGCGUGCUCAGAAGCCCGUCCUGGACGCCUUUAACCGCUCACCGCAAGGUUCAACGCUCGUCGAGAUCCGCGUCGGUCCUCCUGCCUAUUGGAAAGACUCGAUGAAUGACUUUCGACAGAACGAACUCUUCUUUCUAGACCACAUCCCGACGCUUAUGCGUUACGAAGGAGGCGGGAACUCGUCUGCAAUGCUUACCGAGUCUUUCUGCACCGACACAGCGUUGCUUGACUAUACGUUCAGGGUGGACCAACCAUUGGCAGGAGAGGCCAACACGAACAAGGUGCUGACCAUGUCGUCGUCUAUAGACGUGAUAGAGUACCUGGAAUUGUAUGACAACAGCUACCCGCUUUUCCUGUACUUCAUCUCGGGCUACCACGCGUUCAAUGGACGACUCUGGUGCCCGUACUGCGACCAGGCAGAUGUGGCUAUCAUGCAUUACUAUAACUACACAGCGCCGGAUAAUGCAGUCAUGGUACGGGUGAUAGUGGCGGAUACGUAUGAACAAUGGAAGCAAGAGACGAAUCCGUUUAAGUCGCCCGAGUUUCAGGCAAAGGUGGCGUCAAUGCGUGGAGUGCCGUUCCUAGGCUUUGUCACUAAGGAUGUCCUUGCCAAUAAGGUCCAGGUGCACGAAUUCAUUUCAGACUACAAGGAGACGGAACGGUUGGAGACGUUCUUCACGAACGAACCUCGAACGGCGCGGCCCGAAGGAGAAUAA